AUGCGCGCCGCGGGCGGAGGCCGGGACGAGGCGGCUGGACGCGCGGACGGCCAGGGCGACCCCGGCCACCGGGACCCCGACGCCGGCGACGCGGGGCGCGCGCUCGGAGCCGACGGCGCGGACGCGCUCGGGCCCGGCGCCCACGCGCCGUCCGAGGCCGCCGGGCCCGCGCCCAGAGCCCCGGGCAGCCGCCCGAUCCAGUUGUAUCCUACUUGCGGCACCGCGGGGGCGGGGGCGGGGGCGGGCCGGGCCCGGCCGGGCUUCGUCGCGCAGCCCUUCCGGUCGCCCGUGGAGGCGCACGUGGCUCGCCAGGCGCUGGCCCGCCGUGACCAGCCCCUCCCCGGGGCCGUGCGCGCGGAGCUCCUGGUGUCCGGCAGCAUCCUGUCCCCUGCUGACCGCGGAAGACCCGCCCAGCUGCGAGUGUCCGUCGCCGCGUUCCUGGAGCAGCUCUCCGCGGUGGUGCGGGCCCUGCAGCGCUCCGGGCCCCCCGUGGUGGUGAAGCCGAGGCCGGAGUUCGGGGGCUAG